AGUGGAAGCGGCGUCUCGACGAUGUGUGUUUACAGCACCGUAUGACCGGAUUGUUCAGAGAGGUCGCAGAUUUGUUAGUGUGUCAAAGUGACUGGGCGCGUGUUGUGAUGUUUCCCGACACAGUUAUCCUACGUACGAACAGUCUUUCGGGUUCAAACUGGAAUGCAGUGGUGAGCUGAUGCCCGAGGAACACUUGUGAGCGCCGUCGCAUUUUCAAAUGCAGUCACAACGGAGACAGGGUUCGGUGCCCGUGUGAGAAGCAUUUCCCGCUUCAUUGUAACCUUCGCACUGCAACCAACGAAAGGAGAUGCCCACCGUGAAAUCGCAUGCACUCGUGUGAGCGUCGCUGGCUUCUAGGAGUAGACCGUUUUGCGAGUUCGGACUUGGUCAACGAACGCAACGAUUUGGACUCUAUACGUAGGGUGAAUAUUUGUGUCAGACUUUUGAGUCCGUACGAUGUUUAAAAUAAGUGUGUAUUUUGUCCAAAAUUUGCCUAGUUGUUCUGGAAUACGGAAUAACGAGCGUCGGGUAUGAAAACCAGUAAAAGUAAAAGCCGAUGGUAGCCAGUACCGGGCCGAAAGGCGAGCCAAACUGAAAGGCUCCUGAUUGGCCGAAUGGUAGGCAUCACAGUUCAUUUUCAUUGGUUGCAUGCCCAGCGUUGCCUGAAUUAUCUCAAACUAUGGGUUCUAUGUGGAGCCUGGGCGCGCCCUUGGCGGAGGCGGUGCGUGUCGCUUUAGAGCCGGCGGCUGGCGCAGUUGUCAUGGGAAGUGUUGCACUGAUAACAUCUUGUCCCAACGUUCGGGCAGCCCCAUCUGAGGAAGGCGUCGUUUUCAUAACCAUACUAGAGCGAUACAACACACACAAGUUACGUUUUAUCGUGCACCUGAGCAGGUCCGAGUCUGGAGCAAGGUGGCGACAAGAUCGAACGCAGCGUUGGGGAGCCAAACGCGGUUCCAACCGAAAUGACCGAUGGAGAUGGCCGUUCUUCCGAGUACAGUGUAGACGGAUCCAGAGGAGGAACUUGCCUCAUAAUCAACAUUGCGAGGAUAAAAGAUGCGUCCAGCGAUGCAUCUGUCAGCAACCAAAGGGAAGGUUCGACAAGAGACGUGGACAGGAUCCAUGGUACCUUCGACCGUCUGGGGUUCCAAAAGUAAACAAAAGUGAAGAAGACUUGGGCUGCUUCGUGUGCUGGAUCAUGACCCACGGCGUCAACGGAGCUAUCAAAGGAGCUGACGGACAGGAAAUUAAUUUAAAUCGGUUACCAGGCAUACUGAAUACUCCUUCCUUGAAAGGGAAGCCAAAACUUUUCUUCAUUCAGGCGUGUCAAGCGGACGAGACUGAAACGUCUACGAGGCACUGGGGUUGCAAUAUACCAACCUAUCCGGACUUCUUAUUCAGUUUUGCAACAACUCCAGGCUACUGUCAAACAUCAGGGUGGAAGCAGACACAGCACAUCUAUUACUGCACUGCAGACGUUACGACACUGCACGCGACACCCUCAAAGGACGCCUGACUGCUCUGGGACUCACACACAUAGACCUUCCUUUAUCACUUGUCCCUGUCCGACACUCCCGUCAGUGGUGCGUCACUCGAGCUUUCCCCGACUUUCUCCACACGACAGACCUCAUGAACAAAUUAUGAGUUGACCUUUCAUGUCAUCUACGGAUCACGCCACCCUCAGCAUCUUAUAUUUAUAUUUGUAUUUUAUAUUUGUUUUUACUUCAUCUUUGUGAUAUGUGAUGAUAAUGAUGUGAUGUGAUGAUGUCACCCAAUGUAUUAGGGUUUCAAUGCCUCGUCUAUGCGUUAGUUAUGAGGGCAUACUGAACCUGUUGCAGAAUGUAAAUAUUAAAAAAGCAGUGGGACCUGAUGGAAUAUCCCCAGUGAUUAUGCAACGGUGUGCUAAUGUUAUGGCGUCUUAUCUUCUUAUUUUGUGCAACAAGUCCUUAUGCAGCCAUAUUAUACCUAACGAAUGGAAAUCGGCCAAUGUUGUCCCAAUUUUUAAGUCCAGUUCUAAGCACGAUGUUGUUAUUAUCGACCUAUUUCUCUUCUCUCUGUUUCAUCUAAGAUAUUAGAGCACAUAAUUUACUCAGGUAUUUUCAAGCAUUUGAGUGACAAUAAUUAUUUUUCUGAAGUACAGCAUUGUUUUCGUCAGACUUAUUCAUGUACCCCUCAACUUACUGAAUUCCAUCAUGAUCUCGUCUGAUAAGGGUGUACAAACAGACGUUUUUGUAGAUUUUCGGAAGGCAUUUGAUAUGGUUCCGCACGCCUAUGUUUUACACAAACUUUUCUCCCUUGGUAUAGAUAAGGAAGUUUUACAGUGGCUUGCCGACUACCUAAGUAACAGGGUUCAACGUGUAGUAGUCCAAGGUAAAGCAUCAUCGGCAAGUUGCGUGCGGUCUGGUGUCCCACCAGGGAUCAGUUCUGUGACCUUUCUUAUUUCUUAUUUUUAUUAAUUACAUAACACAGUCAAUCAACUCCAAAAUUAGGCUGUUCGCAGACGAUUGCGUUUUAUAUAAAGACAUUUUAAAUCUUUCAGAUGCUCAACUUCUCCAGGCAGGUGUAAGUCGAAUCGUUUCUUGGUGUGACAAAUGGGGCAUGAGCUUAAAUACUAGCAAAUGUAAGGUAAUGCAUGUUACAAGAAAAUCUAGUGUAAUCAAGUUUUCUUAUCAGCUUCAUUCUUUAUAUUUGGAUACAGUUUCUGAGUACAAAUAUGUUGGUGUUUUCUUCAGCAGCGAUCUUAGAUGGACCCACCACGUAAAUUACGUUUCUGCGAAAGCAAUAAGAACGCUCCAUUUUAUUUUUCGCAACAUUAGACAGGCUGGUUUAAAAGCUAAAAGUGAUGCAUAUAUUAGUACGAUCCGGCCAAUCUUGGAAUAUGGGUGUACGGUUUGGGACCCGCACGAAAUGUUACUAAUUCAAAGACUUGAGAGGGUUCAAAAUAUUGCGGCUCGCCUGGUCUUUAGUUGUAAGGGAUCUAUUGUUAGUGUAAGUGAUUUAAAGUCAAGGCUAGGGUGGGAAGACCUAACAACCCGAAGAAGGAAACUUAGAUUAAAAUUUUUAGGAAAUAUCGUAAAUGAUAACACGGGCAUAAGGAAGGAAAGAUAUCUGAAACCCCCUCUGUAUAUUUCUCCAAGACCCAGUCAUUACAAGAAAAUCCAGACAUAUAGGUGCAGAAGAGAUGUUUUUCUUUACUCGUUUUUCCCGAAAACGAUAGGCGAGUGGAAUCGUCUUGAGUGCUGACCGGAGAGGUCGGUGUGCUCUGUUCGCAUAAUGUUGUACAGGUGUUCGUGCUUACCGAUGUCAAUAUUGUUACUUUUUUUAUUUGUUGGUUAUUGUACCCCGCUACUGUAAUGCCGUAAGGCGGUGUAGCGUAUACGCAUAAAUAAAUAAAUAAAAAUAUUUUUUAUUUAA